AUGCGUUGGCAUUGGGUCCUACAUGUACUGCUGGUUACAGUCACACUUGCUGAUUAUACUGACUGGAGACAGAAAAGAACCGAGAUACGCCCAAUCACUCCUACGGAUAGUGUCUCGAGGUUACUGCGACUGUACGAGUCUUCAAGGGGUCACGAAGAAGAAAGAGGCGUAAGUGCUCCUGCUGUGGAAACAGUUGUCAACUCACUCAAGUCCGCAAGCACUCAACUUGAUGAAUGGCUCGCGAAAGGAAAAUCUACCGACGACGUUUUUAAGCAUCUUACACUCGACGUCGCCGUGGAGGAUCUUCUGGGCAACUCGAAGCUAACAGAGUGGAUCACGACAUGA